AUGAGCAUUGAGUGCGACAGAGAAUUGCAGAAAUAUGUGGACUUGGAGGAGGAAAGACAGAAAAAUUCGCUUACGCUGAUAGCCAGCGAGAACUAUGUGUUUCCAGACGUGUACAGGUACUCCGGCUCUUUUCUUACAAACAAGUACUCGGAGGGAAGAGUUGGCGCAAGAUACUAUGGGGGAACAAAAUACAUUGAUAUGAUUGAAGAGCUGUGCCAGAAAAGGGCACUCGCUCUGUUUGGGCUCGACCCUUCUCUCUGGGGCGUGUGCGUCCAGCCGUAUUCUGGGAGUGUUGCAAACUUUUCUGCAUACUCUGCUAUGAUCCAGCCAGGAGGAAAGAUCAUGGGCAUGAACUUGCCGGCGGGCGGGCAUCUGACGCACGGAUUCCAAACCAAGGCCAAAAAGAUUUCUGGGACAAGCCUUUAUUUUUCGUCGUUCCCAUACGGCGUGGACAAAAAUGGAGAGCUGGACUACCAUGCGAUACGGGCGCAGUUUAACGAGGUCCAGCCAGAAAUACUGAUAUGCGGAUACAGUGCCCACUCGCAAGACAUAAACUAUGCAGAGCUGAAAGACAUUGUGGGGGACAGCGCAUUCCUCUACGGAGAUGUUUCGCACAUAUCUGCGCUGAUAGCGGCAGGCCUCAUGAACAGCCCAUUUGAGCACUGCGAUGUGGUGAUGACCACUACGCACAAAGGGCUUCGCGGGCCCAGAGGGGGAAUAAUAUUUUACAGAAAAAAUGCCACAAUAAAGGGCGUUGCACACAACCUGGAGGCAAAGAUGCACUCGGCAGUGUUUCCGCUGAUGCAGGGAGGGCCGCACAACCAGACAAUAGCCGGAACCGCGCACGCAAUGUACAUGGCGUCUCUUCCAGACUUCAAGGAGUACGCGCGCCAGGUUGUUUCCAACGCAAAGGUGCUGGAAGAGUUUUUCACCCAGAACAAGUACGAUAUUGUCACCGGCUCAACUGUGAACCACAUGAUCAUUGUGGACCUCACAAGCAAGGGCGUGACGGGCGCUGAGGUGGAGGAAAUGUGCGACAUUAUCGGGGUUAGCAUCAACAAAAACACAGUCCCAACGGACACCUCGCCCUUCAACCCGUCAGGCAUCCGCCUGGGCACAUAUGCGAUCACCACGCGAGGAUUCAGGGAGGCCCAGACCCGAAGAGUCGCUGAGGUGAUACAUGCUGCGGUUGAAAUUCUGCAGGCCCACAAAGAAGAGCGCGCAGGCGUUUCUGUACAGGAGUGGAUGCAUGCCAGCAAAAUCGUCGAGUCAAAAGAAGUAGCAGAUGCCCGGCUGAAAGUGCACCAGCUGGCAGAGCUAUUCCCAGUCCCUGAGUAG